UCCGGCUGGCUGGAGGCGGGACCGGGCCGGGCCGGCCUCCGCCGUCACCAUGGCAGCGGGCACGCAGAGGCGACGCUAUAGCAGGAGGCUGCCGUGCUCAGAAGGGCUGGGGACAGAAAGGCGGAACCACACAUCGACGAUUUAAGAGUGCUGCCUUUCUAGGUUAAAACUGAAUUCCUGAGGAUGAAGGGAGGAGUGAGCCAGAAGCAGAGCUCCCGGUUAUUUCUCCUCAUUGUCUUCAGAAUCCUUCCUAUGGUCUGUGACUUAAUGGAAGAAAUUUUCACAUAUUGAGGUGGCCCUGAUCCAGCUCUUCUAGGGACUCUGAAGAUGGGUACCCAAGUGGUUAAGAGACUCUGUAACCCCCUGCUACCAGCAGAGCCCUCUCAACAGCUGCAGGCAUAUGUGGCCUGGGUGAACGCACAGCUGAAGAAGAGACCAACAGUGAAGCCUGUGCAGGACCUGCGACAGGAUCUCCGGGAUGGGGUGAUCCUGGCGUAUCUCAUCGAGAUUGUAGCAGGAGAAAAGCUGAGUGGUGUACAGCUGAGUCCCAGUAACCAGCAGGAGAUGAAGAAUAAUGUGGAGAAAGUGUUACAGUUUGUAGCCUCCAAAAAGAUUCGUAUGCACCAGACUUCAGCUAAAGAUAUCGUGGAAGGCAACCUGAAGUCUAUCAUGAGGCUGGUCCUGGCCUUGGCAGCUCAUUUCAAACCGGGCUCCAGCAGGACAGUGAGCCAAGGACAGGACGCCAGAGCCCCUCUGCAGAGUCACCAGCCACACUGUGCCACUGCUGUGGCCCAGGGAGCAGCUGCCGCCCUAGCUGAUGUGUGUCACGACAUGUCACGGUCAGGGCGGGAUGUCUUUCGAUACAGACAGAGGAACAGCAGCGUGGAUGAGGAGAUUGAGAAUCCAUGCUGGAGCGUGCGAGCCCUGGUGCAGCAGUAUGAAGGGCAGCAAAGGUCCCCGUCCGGGUCCAGCUGCUCCAGCCUGACUUCCCCCAGUCCUAUCCACAGUGCAAAGAGCGACUCCAUUAUAACCCAGUCGGAGGAGAAGGCAGAUUUCGUGAUUAUUCCCUCUGAAGGAAUAGAGAACAAAACAGAAGAGACAGACUCUCCAUUAUCCCGGGACUGGAGACAAGGCAGCCCCCGGCCCUAUCUGGAGACUUCAUGGGAAGAACAGCUGUUGGAACAACAAGAACAUUUGGAAAAAGAAAUGGAGGAAGCCAAGAAAAUGAUAUCAGGAUUACAGGCCUUACUGCUCAAUGGAUCCUUACCCGAAGAUGAACAGGAGAGGCCCUUGGCCCUCUGUGAACCAGGAGUCAAUCCCGAGGAACAAUUGAUUGUAAUCCAAAGUCGUCUGGAUCAGAGUAUGGAGGAGAAUCAGGACCUAAAGAAGGAGCUGCUGAAGUAUAAACAAGAAGCCAGAAACUUACAGGGGAUAAAGGAUGCCUUGCAGCAGAGGCUGACUCAGCAGGACACGUCUGUCCUUCAGCUCAAACAAGAACUACUGAGGGCAAAUAUGGACAAAGAUGAGCUGCACAACCAGAACGUGGAUCUGCAGAGGAAGCUAGACGAGAGGAAUCGGCUCUUGGGAGAAUAUAAAAAAGAACUGGGGCAGAAGGACCGCCUCCUGAAGCAGUACCAGGCCAAGUUGGAGGAAGCACUUCGGAAGCUCUCUGAGGCCAGUUACCAGCAGGUGGAUCUGGAGCGGGAGCUGGAACACAAAGACGUCCUUUUGGCUCACUGUAUGAAAAGAGAGGCAGAGGAGGUGACCCACUGCAGCAGUCACAACCCUCAAAGCAAUGGUUUUCUCCUUCCAGUGGCAGGAAAAGGAGCUGCUUCAGUCACUCACAGAGGGAGCAGCGACCUGCAGCUUGUUCGGGAUGCCCUCCGCAGCCUGCGCAACAGCUUCAGUGGCCACGACCCUCAGCACCACACCAUCGACAGCUUGGAGCAGGGCAUCUCCAGCCUCAUGGAGCGCCUGCACGCCAUGGAGACCCAGAGGAAACAGGACAGAAGGGUUCGGGGCAAGUCACCCAGAACUCAAGCAGUUAGUGAAUACCGGGAGUCCUGGCCCCCUAAUUCAAAGUUGCCUCACUCACAGAGCUCUCCAACUGUCAGCAGUGCCUGCACGAAGGUGCUCUAUUUCACUGACCGGUCACUUACGCCCUUCAUGGUCAAUAUACCAAAGAGGUUGGGGGAGGUGACACUGAAGGAUUUUAAAACAGCUAUUGACCGGGAGGGAAAUCAUCGGUAUCACUUCAAAGCACUGGAUCCUGAGUUUGGCACUGUCAAGGAGGAGGUUUUCCACGAUGAUGAUGCCAUCCCUGGAUGGGAAGGGAAAAUUGUAGCCUGGGUGGAAGAAGACCAUGGAGAGAAUUAAUGCUGAGUAUUAGAUUGAGGGCUUGUGGAACUCGGCAGUCCCUGGCUGCUUCACUCAGGAGAGAGGACUAAAACCAGGAUACACUAAGAAGUUUUUAGUUUGUGCUGCCAAAACAGAAGCUUCUCCAAGUGUGACAGCCAUAGGCCAGUCCUGUUUCUGUGCCUGGCACGUGUGGUACUUAAAGUCCCUGUCCAAAAGUAGACCAUGGGUUCUUGUGGAGUUCCUUGUCCGUGGGAACACAGUGUUUUAUUCUACUCUGAGGACAACAAACCGAAGGCCUUAACCAGUGGGGAUGGAUGAUCCCACUCCUAUAUGGGCAUGGCUGCUACUAUCUGGAACCUGGGAAUUGGAUGUAUCACUCCUGUGUGUUACAGUAUUAUUUUAAUUGGCCUCAGUGGUUGCAGCAAUCAGAGUCCCAGCAUUUGUACUCACAGACAAGGUGAAGGUACCAGCUUUUUUGCUUCUUUGCAGCUAUUGCAAACCAAGAAUAACUCGUAAGGUGGUACCAAAGAUGAAAGCCCACUCUUCAGGAAUUUUUUGGACUGGACAUGGAUGGUGCUGAAUUGUUGAAUGGAUUGAAAAAGGGCUGCCCAUAUUGUGCUAUAUACUACGCUAAAACCAUAAUUAAGUAAGACCUUGGGCUGCCUCUUGUGUCUUAACUGGUUUUGCAACUUGUCCUUUAGCCCACAGAGGGCAUAUUUCAUGUACUAUUCAUUUUCUCUGGGGACUGUUUAACUUUAGAGCCAUUUUUUUCCCCUUCCAACUGAUGAACUUUGUGUUUGAAAGGAAUAAGGAGUGAAAGUCUCCUUUCAAAUCCAGGCGGGUAUGGAAAGGUGCUGCUACCCAUGUCUUCUUGACUUUCUCUCAUGACUUUCUUUAGCUCAUGGCAUCUCCUUUGCAGUCAAAAGGAAACAGACCAUUAGUUUCAGUAUUUGUGAUUUAUAAGUACUGAGCAUGAGUUAUUGGUCUACCCCUCUUCAUUUCAAGGCCAGAGUUAUUUUCUAUUAUAUAUUUAGUCUAGGCUGAUCCUUUGGCCACAAUAGAAACCAUGGGGGCAUGGAGCAUGAGUUGUGAAUGGCAGGGUUGAUUCUGGGUGAUAACACCUAGAAUCCUUUCUCAUGUGCAACACUGUCAAGUGUAGAAGCUAAAAGAUUUAAACUUUCAGAGAUUACUUAAUAUCUUGAGUUUUCUCAUUCAUUCACCAAGCACCAUCAACCAAUCAGAUAUAUACAUAUAUAUCAGUCUCUCUGCCUGUGAUCACCAGUGUACACUGCCAACCAGAAGAGUCAGACAGAUCAGCUGUGGGUUCUUAACCUGUCUGUCUCUAGUUCAUCUCCCCUUUCCAGCCAUUUCAACAGACGACUGAUCAGAGCUCUGAGAUGACAUUUUGUUGUUUUAUACAGAUGUGUCUUUAAGUUCAUGUUUGGAGAAUUCUUUUCUACUCAUUUGCUUUUUGUCCAAGAACCAUGUCUAUUUUUAUAACUUGAGUGAGAGUUCUGUAUAUUCUCACAUUCUGUAUACUGUAUCCAUUUUCUAGAGAACCCAGUUGCUUUUAUACAGGC